AUGUCAAGGGCGUUUGAGGCGGCGCUGACAACAUUUGCAUCGAUUGCCGUUCUUGGCUUCGCUGGUUACUCGUACCACCUUUACUACAAAGCUCUGGUGCUGCGCAAGAUCGAAACCGCCUUUGCUCCAGGCGACCCGAUGCUUGAACUUGCGUCACCCGCAGAACCUGAGGCGCCCCAUCCAGAAGAAUCGACCGACAAAGAGCACUGGAUAGCCCGACCUGAGCAGGCCAAGAUCAACGGCAUCAUCAACGGUGAAUCAAAAGGCAGAUACUAUCUCCUUGUCGGCGAAAAGGGUACCGGGAAGUCUUCGAUGCUCUUGGAAGCAAUGAAAGAGGAAAAUGGAGAGGGGGUCUCUAUGUUCGAAGCUCAUGCCGACCUUGAAAUCUUCCGUAUCCGACUUGGGAAGGCUCUGAACUAUGAGUUCCACGAGGAUUAUAUCGGGUCUCUGUUUUCUAUCCGCGGCCCACGAGAUACCACCGCGCUGCUGGACAUUGAGCGGGCAUUCAACAAGCUCGAGAAAGUCGCUCUCGCACAUAGAAACCGGAGGAGCAAGGCCGGCCGCAAAGGCCCUCUCAUUCUCAUCGUCAACAGCGCACAUCUGAUCCGCGACAAUGAGGAUGGGAAUGAUCUGAUCGAGUUGAUGCAGCAACGAGCCGAACAGUGGGCUGCCGCAAAUCUUAUCACCAUGAUCUUCAAUUCGGACGACUUCUGGGUAUAUGAGCGCCUCCGACGGUAUGCGACGCGAAUGGAGGUGAUUCCAAUCCUGGAUCUCCCCAAAACUCGCGCCAUUGCCGCACUGGAAAGAUAUCGUGCCAAGUACUUCCCAGAACAGGCACGUGAUCCCGAAAUCUUCAAGCAAGUCUACGACAUGGUGGGCGGUCGGCUCAAUUUUCUGAACCGGGUCGCCAAAAGCUCCGACAUGUUGAAGAUGUGUCGGCAGAUCAACGAAGCUGAAAAGACAUGGUUCCUGAACAAAUGUGGCAUCUUGGGCGCGGAAAUGGACGACGACGUCAUGGAUCAGCAGAAAUAUGCCAGCGCCGCCAUGGUGCUCGCAAAGGCGCUGGUGGAUAGACAAAAGGACAUGGAGUCGAGCUACGACGACGAGCACGGCCAUAUUCUGCCCCAAAUCCCUCUCUACAUUGCUCGUCAGAUUAUGACUCGAGCCGAUUUCAUCCAAAGCUACGACCAUGAUAACUUCUUCACGAUCGACAGCAGUGCUAUGGUUCGGGCCGACAGUGUGCCCAUGAUGAACGCUUUUAAGGAAAUUUGUGCGGAACCCGGAUUCAAUGAGUACCUGGAGGCGACGCUCGACCGCAUCUCGGCCAUUGAAAGCAUCAACAGGACCAAGGAGCUGACCUUUAAAGAUCUGUGGUUUGAACAGAAAGGAGAACAAAGAGGCAAAUACUCAUUUGUGACAAAAGAUGCCCGGGGCCGGGAGACUGGCACUAUUGAAAUGAGAGUACAACCCGAUAACCCGCCUGAGGAAGACGACGACGACUAA